CAGUGAGCCUGGAUGCUUCCCAGCUGGCCGCUCCACAGGGAGCCACAGGAAGGGUGACGGGUCGCCUGGCGUGUGUUUACCUCCAGCAUGGCGUUUGGUGUGUACAGUCUGCUGGAGGCCGCCGUGCUAUGCCUCAAUGCUGUGUGUGUCUUAAACGAGGAAAGAUUUUUAUCCAAAUUGCCAGGAUGGGGAGGUUCACAUGUCCAAGGCUUUGGAGAAGAACCAGGCAUCAAAACUCAGAUCUUCCAUUUCAUUCGCUCAGUCAAGACAGUAAUGAAGUUCCUGGAUGUGGAUAGAUGUGGUUGUGAGGUGGCAACUGACAUGAAAACUGCUGACUUUGAUUCUGGAACGUUGACAUGCCAAAACCCAUCCAGCCAUUGAUCCUCGGUUGUUGUUGCAUAAGAACAUAAGAAAAUAAAGGAAUCUGCAAAGAGCCAUGAGGCCUACACACAGCAGUCCCUGUAUGAAACACAAGUACCUACUUCCACCUGUCAUUCCCAUCUAUAAAUUUGUGUAAUCUCUUAAAGCUCCCUAAUGACUCAGCACUAACAUCUUGAUAACUGAGUCUAUUUCAUUCAUCUACCAUUCUAUUUGAGAACCAAUUCCUUCCUAUCUCUUUCUUAAACAUAAAUUUUUCAAGCUUGAAUGCAUUAUUUCUAGUUCUGUCCUGAUUACUGAUCCUCAGAAUUUUGCUUAUGUCCCCCUUGUUAACCUCUUAACCUACAUCUCUCUAAAGAAUGUAAAUUUGAUAGCUUCAGUCACAUUUCAUAAGGAAUACCCCUCAUCCCCUGUAUUCUUUUAGUCAUUCUCCUUUUUGCAGAUUCUAAUAGACCUAUGCCCUUCCUGUAAUAUGGGUACCAGUAUAGUCUAGAUGAGUUCAGACCAGUACCAAAUAUAACUUUAAUAUUACCUCAGGACUUCAGCUUUUAACACUCCAAAAAAUUCAUCCUAAUACCAAAUUUGCUCUAUUUCUGGCCUUUAUGCACUGUAUUCUUAGACAGAGAUCAGAGCUAACUGUAACUCCUAAAUCUUUUUUGUUCCCUGAACCUACCAGAGCUUCGUUGUUUAUUGUGUAUCUACUGUGUGGGUUUCUUUUACCUAUGCUAAGUACUUUGCAUUUGUUAAUUUUAAACUGCCUUUGCCAUCUGUUUGUCCAUUCAUUCACCUUUUCAAAUCUGCCUGCAAGUUGAUGGUAUCUGAAUCUGACCUAAUUAAUUUACCUAUCUUCAUUUCAUCCACAAAUUUACUAACAUCACUACUAAUCUCACUAUCCAAGUCAUUAACAUAUAUUAGAAACAGUAAUGGCCCUAAAACUGAUCCCUGUGGCAUCCCACAAAUUACUUGACCCUAUUUGUAUUUAGAGCUGUUUAUUACAAUUCUCUGUCACCUGUCGCCUAACUAUGAUCUUAUCCAGCCUAACAUCUCACCAUCUGUCCUGUGCACCCUAAUCUUUCUCAGGAGUCUCUGAUGAGGUUCUUUGUCAAACGCUUUACUAAAAUCCAGGUAUAGGAUGUCAUAAUUAUCCUCAUUAUCUGCUGCCUCGUAAACUUUACUGUAAAAACUCAACAACAUUCGUAAGGCAGGACUUCCCUUCAUGAAGCCAUGUUGUGACUGAUUUAUCAAGUUGUGCUUGUCUAAAUGCCUCUUAAUGUUCCUUGCAAUUACUGAUUCUAUUGUUUUACCUACAAUUGAAGCUAAGCUGACAGGUCUAUAAUUAGACCUAACAUUUUAUCUCCUUUCUUAAAGAUGGGUACUACAUUCAUCUGCCUCCACAUUACCGGUACCUCACCUGAGUCUAGCAAUUUUCUAAAAAUAGUAACUAGCGGCUCACUAAUAAUCUCUUUGCAUUCCUUAAGUACUCUGCGAUAUAUUUUUUUCUGGUCCUGGUGACUUGAAUUUUUCAGCCUCUCCCCUGUUCCACUAUCUCCUUAGUUAUGGAAAUAUCUAUCAGCUUCUCAUUCUCUUCUGCUCCAAAAAUCCUUUCACUACCCAGCAUUUCCUGUAUGUUUUCCUGGGUGAAAACUGUUAAGAAAUACUUGUCCAGAAUUUUACUCAUUUUUUCCCCAGAACUAACUCCUGUAGUAUUUCUCUGUUCUUCGUCCUAUAUAUCUGAUAGAAUCCCUUGGGGUUAGUCUUCACUUGGCUAGCUACCUUUAAUAUUACCACAGAAUAAUUUUCUCAUAUUUGGGCUUGCUUCAGUAAAAAAUUGCCAUAAUAUAUUCAGAUGUCCUUUCAAGAAGUGGUAAGCUCCUGCCCUGUGAAAACCUAAUCACAUCCAUUCCCCCCUUUGUGAAGUUGUUCUUAGGAAUGGAUGCCAGAUAAUUUAAACAGAAGUAUAAUUACUUAUUUAUCAACUCUUACCUUUAGUUUUGUACUUUGGGAUGUAUGUGUACUUUUGUCUAAUAUUUUC